AUGGUCCACAUGAAAAAGAAGAACUUCAACCCGGACUUUGAGCUGUCGGCUCGCCAGUGCGCCGACUCGCUGGCGUUCACCAACUUGCUGCGGGAUCGGCUGGACCCGGCGCUGUGGCUCUGCUGGUGGGUGGACGCCCAGAACAGCACGGAGCUGACCCGCCGCUGGUACGCCUCCCGCCUGCGCUUCCCGCUCAACUUCUACUACCCGAGCGUCUGGGAGGAGGCGGCAAAGCGGAAGCUGGCCUCCGUCUGCGACUUCGACGUCAGCGCCAGCGCGGUGGAGUCCUACGUGUGCCGGCGCGCCGACGAGUGUUUCGCGUCGUUGUCGGAGCAGCUGGGCGAGCGCGACUGGUUCCUGGGCGCCGCGCCGAGCUCGCUGGACGCUCGCCGCCUGCAGACGCUGCUCAAGGCGCACCCCAACCUCGUCAGCUUCGUGACACGCGUCCAACAGCGGCUCUUCGCCGAACAGUAUGCAGGUGGGCGCUCUCGCUGA